AGAAAACCCUUGAUCUGGUUUUAGAGAGGCGAAGGCGAUGUUAAGAAGAAGGCCAAGCAAGAUCGAACUUACAAUCGAAGAGAAAAAGGAAUUUGAAUCUCACAAACGCUCCGCCGCAAUCGCCGAAUCCACCGCCGCCGCUUCUCUCCUUCAACACUUAUCAUCUCAGUCCUCUUCUAAAGACAAAUCCCAGCGAAUCGGCAUUUCUUCAUAAAACAAGAUCUCUAUCAAUGGAGAUUGAAGUCAAACUCCGUUUACCUAAUUCCGCUUCCCAUAACAAGGUUUUCUCAAUCCUAUCUCCUUUUCAUCUCCGUACUCACCGUCAGUACAACACUUUCUUUGAUGGAUCAUCGAAGGAGCUUUCUUCUCAACGGGCUAUCCUCCGUCUCCGUUUCUACGACGGAGAUUCCAAAUGUGUUGUCUGUCUCAAAGGCAAGGCUGUUAUAGUUGACGGUGUUAGUAGGGUUGAAGAGGAUGAGGAGGAAAUUGAUCCAUUGAUUGGCCGUGAAUGUGUUGAAGAUCCAUCGAAACUUGGAUCAAUUGAUUCGAGAAUCCUGAGGAGGGCGAAGGAUGAAUUUGGUGUAUCUGAUGUUGGGUUUGUUUGUUUGGGAGGUUUUCAUAACGUGAGACAAGUGUUUGAGUGGAAUGGUUUGGUAUUGGAGUUGGAUGAAACUAGUUAUGAAUUUGGGACUUGUUAUGAGAUUGAAUGUGAAAGUUUGGAACCUGAGAAGGCGAAGAAGAUGAUUGAGGAUUUACUGAAGGAGAAUGGGAUUGAUUAUUCAUAUUCAGAAGUUUCAAAGUUUGCUAUUUUUCGAUCUGGAAAGUUGCCAGUGUAAGUUUUAUAAUAUGCUUUAAUUUCAUCUUUGUUGCUUGAAUAAUAAUGUUAUGACAUUGAGGAAUCUGUACUGUUCUUAUCAAGAGCUUAGUUUCUUGAUCAAACACUUAUAUAUGUAUGCUUUAAAUAUCAAAGAAAAGCUCUCAUCUUGAUGACAAUUCAUUUCUUCA